AGCGAGGAAAGCAAACGAAGAAAAUGUGAGCAGAAAGAAAGAAGAAGAAACAAGGGCAAGAAAGAGAGAGCAACUGAGAAUCAUGUGGGAAAAGGAAGAAGAAGAGCGAAUCCAGAAAAAAAGGGACGAGGUAUUUAAAGCCAAGAUGAUUAGAGAAGAAGAGGACAGGAAAAGGGAGAAGGAAGAGGAGAAAGAGAGGGAAAAGAAACAAAUGGAAGAAGAGGAGCGAGCCGUAUUGAUGCAGUUAGACGAAAUAAUCACCAAAAUAAAAGAGGAGAAGAGAGAAAAGGAACGAGAACUAUUACAGGAACAGGAAAGGAAAAUAAGAGCCACGUGGAAGAGAAGAGAGAACAGGACACAGGUGAUGGCGGUCAAGGAGUGGACCAAAGUGGAACAGCAGACGGAGAAAAGAGCGACAAGAGAGGACAAAGUGGACAAGCGCAGCAGGGAAGAGGACGACGCGUGGUGGUGGAAGAAACCUCACGACAACUACAUAAACGCGUUGUUGGCCGACCUUCAGAACACCAUCACGCCCAGCCAGUCUGCCACCUCACCGUCACCUGCCCACCACCACAAUGGCCACAAUAUGUAUCGCCAGGAAAGAGUGGAGGAAGUUCGGACGGAGCAGCGGGUAAGCGAUGGUGGACCAAAAAGCUCUGCCCUCAAUAACAACCUCUCGGAAUUAGACACUUUGUUGGAAGACCUCAAUCAUGCAAGAUACUCCGGUUUCAAAGAACCUGUCACCAACGGAGCUGUUAAUGGAUCCCGGCCCUCUGUUGACUCCCUGUUAGACGAGUUGAACAGUGUGGAUACCAACAACCAUGAAGUGGUGGAACAUCACACAGUACACAAAGAGUUCACCACCACGCACCAGACUCUUCCAUCCCGGGCGCCGCCGCCACAGGUCACCCCUGUGCCUGUAGCUGUCUCGCGCCCCGCCGCCCCCUCCCAGGCGUCUGCCUCAUCUGCCACCAAGGAACUGGAUGAUCUCAUGGCGUCUCUCAGCGACUUCAAGAGGAGCGAGAAGACUGAGGUGAAACAGAUGGAGGUGGAUGUGUCCACUUCCUCCAGAAAAGUGGAGGCGGAAAUGGAAUGGAGGGGCAGAACGCCCCCACCUCGCCCUCCCGUUCCGGAGGACAGUGAUCUCCUGGCCGUGCCUCCACCUCGCCCUCCUGCUCCCCGUAGCUAUUCAGCAUCCCCUGUGCCACCGCCAGAGGCAUUUCUGUACGGUGCGCCUCUGGUGUCCUCUGUGCCGGCACAUCACGGCGUGCCCCGGAGCCCUGCGGACGACCCUUUUAUGCGGCCUCCCUCAGGUGGUCCUGUCAAGCGAAAUGAUGCCGCAUAUCGCUGGGUGACGGACGAGACCAAGUAUGAAAUGACUGAAGUUGUAGAGGACAAGAUGGAAGAGCAAAAACAGGAGAAGCUGCGCAGCCCUGCUCUUGUGCGCAAGUUGAUCAACGCAAGCAGCCUACAGACCCAGGUAGACUCGGCCUACGCACGACCGCAAAAGCCCACCAAGAGUCCAUCUCCGCCUGCCCCUGUCCCAUCCUCAGCGUCACCAGUGAAGGAAUCCACACCUACGCCUAUCCCGAAGGAACCCACGCCUUCACCUACGCCACCGCCGGCGAACCAGCUUGAUUCUAUGCUGGGCUCCCUGGCCAGCCACAUGACUGAACAGGGCGUUACCACCACACAAAAGGGCUGCUGCACCGCCUGCGACAAACCCAUCGUUGGGCAGGUGAUCACAGCCCUGGGCAAGACCUGGCAUCCGGAGCACUUCACAUGCACCCACUGCAACCAAGAGCUGGGCACCAAGAACUUUUUCGAACGUGACGGCAGACCGUACUGCGAGCAAGACUAUCACGACCUGUUCUCUCCGCGAUGUGCUUACUGCAACGGGCCUAUCCUGGACAAAUGUGUAACAGCCCUGGACAAGACGUGGCACCCGAAGCACUUCUUCUGCACACAAUGCGGAAAUACUUUCGGCGACGAGGGCUUCCACGAACGCGACGGAAAACCCUAUUGUCGGGAGGACUACUACAACAUGUUUGCUCCAAAAUGUGGAGGUUGCAAUUCGCCCAUCAUGGAGAAUUACAUCUCUGCCCUCAACGCCCAAUGGCACCCAGAAUGCUUCGUGUGCAGGGAUUGCCGUCAGCCAUUCAAUGGAGGGUCCUUCUUCGAUCACGAAGGAAUGCCCUACUGCGAGACACAUUAUCAUGCCAAGCGUGGCUCUCUGUGUGCUGGGUGCAGCAAGCCCAUCACAGGGCGCUGCAUCACAGCUAUGUUCCGCAAGUAUCAUCCAGAGCAUUUUGUGUGCUCUUUUUGCCUCAAACAGCUCAACAAGGGCACCUUCAAAGAACAGAACGACAAACCUUAUUGUCAUGCUUGCUUCGACAAACUAUUUGGCUAAGGGAAUCACACCAACAUCUCCAGUCAAGCUGUUUAGGCAAAUCUUGCCCUUUUUACUACUGUCCAUCUCCCAAGGAUGAUGAAAAAACUAGAACAUGGGAUUCAUUAUUUGAUUCAGGGAGAGAUAGGAAUUCAUACAACAGUGUAAACAUUUUAGAGAAAUUUACGAAAAAUAGAAAAGUAAAAAAGUUUCAUAGUAAGUACAACACAGAAAAAUAUCAUCUCUUUGUCAAACUCCACUGCUCUCUUCUUUCAUAUGUCAAUAAUUCUUACUAUCUUUAUUUCUCCCAUCUUUACCAUUCUCUCUAUUAUCGCUGUCUCUGCUUUCCUUGCAAUUAUAAUUCAUUUCUAUUCUCACACUGUCUGUAUUCUUAUAUCUACCAAUGUGUUCACAACCAUCACAUUUUUCAUUAUCAGUCUAGUAGGCCUUAUCAUCACUGUUAUUUGUACUUCAUCCACCACUUUCAAUAUUUACAACUCCUUUAUCGUCAUGUCCUUUGCUCACGUUACCAGCUUUUACCUUAUUCAAUCUUCAAAGCCAGUUUUGUAAUAUCAUAUCAGAGAUCAUCCGUCUUAGUGAAGCAUGAUAGUAAUUGCAAAAUAACUUCACUUGGGAGAAAUGGUUUGUUGAUAGUAGUAGUAUGUCUUUGGCUUAAGUCCCUGCUUGAAAUACUAUUUCUUUACUUAAUAUAUAUUUUACUUAGUCAUAUAAUGCAUUUAGUAUUUUUCCGAGUUUAUUUACUGGUCAUAGGUGCUGUCAAAGUCAUCAGUUCUAUGUAUGUAUUGAUGCUUAUCUCAAGUCUGUGGCUCAAACAUUAUUUAAUUAACAAAAUAAGUACCAUUUGCUUUGCAAUUUGCUUGAGAAUAAGAGCUGAUGUUGAUUUUGCUAUAGAUUAAGGUUGAACAUUAUUUCAUAAGAUAUUGUAUUAAGAUAUAAUACACCUGUAUGCCAUUUAUGGUAUGAAGCACAAGAAAAGAUAAUCCACAUUUUUUAGCAUGACUAUCAAUGUCUUAUCAACAUUGGAGGUCACAACUUGUCCUCAGCUGACUGAAUACUAGAAAUUUCAUAGUAGUAUUGUGUGGUAUUAUAACAAGUUGUUUUAAUCAGGAAAGUAACAUCAGUUGAAUUGUGUAUGUAAUAACGUGAUUGAGAAAUUAACUAUUGUAGAUAUAAGUCAUGUUAAUGUUCAAGACUGAUCAACCACAAAGAUGCUACUCCUUUUACUUGCUAUGGUCCUUUAACUUCGUGCUCAUAAUUGUCAAUUUUGAUAUUGUCUGAUGUUUUGAUAUUUACAUAUGAUAGAGAGCAAAACCUGAUUCGGAUAUUGUUACAGACUGAAAUUAUGAUGAUAUAUUAGUAUUUAAUGAAUUCUAAAAAAUUUAUAUAGCACAAAAAGUAAUCUAUGUUUUUUUGGGGGGUAUGUUCAGUGGUAGUUCCAAUUGUUUUCCUGUGUCAGGGAUGCCACUGUACCUUUUGUUCCUCUUUAUUAAAACAAUAUUUGUAAUGCAUCAUAUAAAUGUGAAGAUGAAAUCACCUGCUAAAUAUACACAAUGUUACAGAUUAAUAUUUUCAGAAUAUGAGGAACCAUUGUAUGAUGGUAGAUUUUAUGAAUAUAUGAAGAAAGCAAGAGACAUUAUAUAAUAUUACUGCCUAUAGGUUUCCAUUUAAAAUUCCUGAACAUGCUUUUUGCAAAAGUUAAGAUUAAAGAACUUGUUCAAUUUUAAAUGAGUGUAUGGAGCACAUAACAUGUAAGACAAACCAUGUAAAUGCAUGCAUCUCUAUAGUCAUAUAAAGAGAUGCUGUGAAGGAAAUUUAUCAUGAAAUAUUAUCAUAUACAUACAUUAGACUCAUCAUAGAAUCAGAUCUAUUAUGUUUUAACAAAAAAGGUAAAUCAACUUUCAAGUCAAUUCAUAACACCAGAGUUUGAGAGUAAGCUGUGCAGUAUGGUGCAGAUCAAAUGUUUUCCUUUUACGUAACCUCAUAGCACACACACACACACACACACACACACACACACACACACACACACACACACACACACACA